GACCGCAGAAAAAAUGAGAGAAUUAUUUUUUUGUCAUCAAUUCCGCUGGGUAUAAAAGCUGCGCGAUAUGAAAUUCAGGUAUAGUCAACAGCUCCUCUGUAGCAAUACAAGACUUUCAGUAAGAGUCAAAAUGUUCAAGUUUGUCCUCAUCGCAUCCCUCGUGGCUGUAGCCAUUGCUCAGAGGUAUGGUCAUCAUGCACCAGGACCCGUCUAUGGAGGAUAUUCAGCACCAGCACCCGCCUACGGACACCAUGAAGAUUACGCCCAGCCCAUCCCCUACCAAUACGGAUUCGACAUCGUAGGAGGAGAUGCUCACUCUGGAGACUUCAAGCAGACCCGCCAAGAGCACAGUGACGGUCACGGUAACGUGCAAGGCAGUUACGGUUACACCGACGCCCAUGGAGUCUACAGACAGGUCGACUACGUCGCUGACGCCCACGGUUACAGAGCUCAAAUCAAGACCAAUGAGCCAGGAACCGAAGCCCAAAACCCCGCUGAUGUUGAACUCCACGCAUCUGCACCCCACCACGCACCCCAAGCUUAUGCCCCCAGGCCGUCCUACGGACAUCAUGCAGCACCUUACUAAACAAAUUCAUCUUCUAGGAUACUUGUAAAUUAUUAAUUGUUUUUAGGAACUUUAUAUUUGCUCAAGGACUUUGGUGUAGCGCUCUUUCGCAGUAAAACCCUGGUCGGCCAUGGUAUUAUGUGUUGGAAAGCUGUUAUGUCUGGAGACAGUGUUAAGUAAUGCAGAGAUGAUGGCACAGACGCAGCUUCGCUCUCUUCUUACUAUGCAGCUGCUCUGGCUCCUCUCUAUUUAUGUGUUAUUUAUGCCUCUCGUUUUGUACAGUG